AUGGGUGAUCUGCCGAGGAGAAUGCCACUCGGUGAAGAAUUCUGGUAUUUUUACCAAAAUUACGAAUUACCCGUUGAGAUUACAUCUCUUCCCGUCGUUAUUCCUGAUUACAACAACGAUGGAACCUCAGAUUUAGUUGUGGCAUUAUCUCUUAAUUCUACUGAAACAUUAAAAAAUAAUCUGAUCGAAGUAUCAAUGGCAAUUUUAUCGGGCCGAAAUGGAAAAAUGGAUACUCAUAUCGUCAUUCAACAUUGCUCAUUACCAAUUGAUAAAUUACAGUUGUGGAAAAGAAAUAAGAAGCAAACUGAUAUCCUUUUUUAUUGCGUAAAUGAUGAUGGAUUCGGGAAUUUAUGGUCAAUAUCUGCUGAAAAGUUAAGAAGUAUAGCUUUAAAAGAACUGUCUCAGAACUCGUCAGAUUUUGAGAGAAUAUUGAAAAUGGAACAACCAGAGAAGAAACAAUCUAAACUUCAUUAUCUUGAAAUGGAAAAGAAAGAUUCAAACGGACAAGACAUUUUGGUUGCUUGGAAUGAUGGAAACAUCGCCUUAUUAAAUGGCGAAACUAAAGAAGAAAAGUGGAUAGGUACAACCGAUAAUCAUGGUGAUAUUAAAGCAAUAUUAUCUGGAAAAUUUAGUAAAAUGGAAAAUAUAGCAGUAUUGAUUAGCAGUGGCGAAACGUCAGGAACUACAGUAAGUAUUUUAACUUCAAAUAACAUUAAUUAAUUUAUUUUUAGUAGA